GCGUAAUCGACGAUAAUUUGGCGUUUCUUGGCAAAUGGUUUCGGUUUAGAGAUUUUUUUAUUUUCUUGAGUAGAAAAUUCUGUUUUUAUAACAAAAAAGUGGUCGUGUUGGUUUUGAUUUGCUCAUCUCCAGGGCUUUUAAAAUGGUGAAUACCCGUAGAACUGAGUCUCACUCAAUCAGGCACCAACAUCGGACAAGGGGUUCUACAAAACUACUUGAAGAGCAAGAAGAUUCUGGUUCCUCGAGUGCAAAAGAAGAAAGCGACAGUGAAAAUUGUAAUAGCGACGAUGAAACGUCAUCAAAUAGCCCCCUAGCAAAAACUCAGGAGCAGAUUAAGAAAAAAGCAUCACAACAAAAAGAGACUAGAAAAGUUGUACGCAUACAAAGAAAUUUUCAACGAAAAUUUAAUGAUUCAAAUACAAGGACUAAACGUGAAGAAAUAUCGUUAGAGAGACGAAGAUUGGCCGUAUAUGCUAAUAGAAAGAUGGAAGAGGAAAUAGUGGAAAAUAAUAGUUUUUCUGUGGGAAAUGACUAUUAUAGAAGGUCUACCCUUCGAACUCGGCGCAAAGAGAACAAAAUAAGAGUAAUGAGGCGCACGGCCCUGUCUUUACGUCCCAUUCAUCAAAAAUCUUAUGCUGAUCACUCUCCUAUUCGGUUUGACACAGACAGUGAUGGGGUUUUGAAACGUGUUACUAGACGCUCAAUGAACACAACAUGGUUGACUGAUAGUCAGAUGCAUAAAGUAGGGUAUCCUAAUUUGAAUGCCGGGUAUUCAGAGGAGGAUAGCAGAGAUGCAGCCGACGUCCAUCCAAAUGUUGAAAUAUCUCAGCGUAGUAGUACAAGACCUUCACGUAGAAUUGUGAAGCCCGUAUAUUACUACGAGGAAUACGACGAUGUGCCCCAAAUUCGCCGGACUCGAAGACGUGUAGUACGGCCAGAGAAGAUUGAACGCAGAGAUGUGGAGACCUCCAACAAUAGGGAGAACAAUGAGGAGGAAGGUGGAAGAAUAAUCCGAACAAGAAAUAAAGUCAAGCAAGAGCUGAUUAGCGAGGAUGAUGAGAGUAAACCUAGUAAAGAGGAUGAAGAUGAAAAUGUCGAAGAGAAAGGAGAGGAGGCCGUCCAGAACAGCGAUAGUAAAUCAGGAAGCGCAAAAGACCAACAAGAAAACUCCUCAGUUAGUGAUGAGGAAGGGGAAGACCAGCAACAUCCCUUACCCAGAACGAGAACCAGACAGACGAGGAUCAUACGACAAAACAUGAAUAAAAACAGUGAGAGCGAUAGUUCUGAUACCGAGGAAGGAGGGAGAAAGUACUCUUUAAGAGAUAGAGUACCUAAACCAGCACCAAAAACUAUGCAAACUUCAGUUUUAAGACAGGAACAUGAACGCAGACCUGGUAGAAGUAGAAGGUUCAUACGAAGGCGACGAAGUAGUUCAAAUUCCUCUCCCAGUUCAUCUGAGAGAUGUCGAAUGCCACCUAAAAGUCCGCACUCCAAAAAAGAAAUGAUGAAAACUGGAGCUGGUGGAAGCAAUAACUUGGGUCCCAUUAAUCCCGAGACUCUUGAUAAAUCUGUUAGAUUCAGCAGCAUUGGAGGCUUAGAGACUCAUAUACAGUGUCUAAAAGAAAUGAUUUUGCUGCCAAUGAUGUAUCCUGAGGUUUUCAGAAAAUUUCAGGUUCAACCACCUAGAGGGGUGUUGUUCCAUGGUCCUCCAGGUACCGGUAAAACCCUAAUUGCCAGAGCAUUAGCCAACGAAUGCAGCUUUGACACUCGUCAAGUAUCGUUCUUUAUGAGAAAAGGCGCUGAUUUGCUCAGUAAAUGGAUAGGAGAGUCAGAAAAACAAUUGCGGUUACUUUUCGAACAGGCAGCAGAAAAAAAGCCGUCGAUAAUUUUCUUUGAUGAGCUGGAUGGCUUGGCACCAGUAAGAUCUUCGAGACAAGAUCAAGUUCAUGCUAGCAUAGUAUCCACUCUAUUAGCUCUUAUGGAUGGUUUGAAUGAUCGAGGUGACGUUAUUGUUAUUGGAGCAACUAAUAGGAUUGAUGCAAUCGAUCCCGCGUUGAGGCGGCCUGGCAGAUUCGAUAGAGAGCUGUUUUUCCCUUUGCCGUCCAAAUCGGAUCGGGAAUCAAUCCUAAAAGUCCAUGUAUCGCAAUGGCAACAGCCUCCCAGCCAGGAACUUUUAGGAUAUUUAGCGGAAAACACUGUGGGCUACUGCGGGUCAGAUUUACGUGCUUUAUGUUCUGAGGCCGUAAUACAGAGCUUUAGGCGCACUUAUCCUCAAGUUUAUGGCUCAGAAUACCGAUUGCUGCUUGAUCCCGAGAAGGUCAAGGUGGAAAAAGUCGAUUUUUUAAGAGCUAAGUCUAUGUUAGUGCCAGCUUCUCAUAGAGUAACCUCAGCAGUAGGAAAAAAGCUUCUGCCAAUUUUAGAACCGCUUCUUGGAUCGGAUGUUAAAAAAGCACUUAUGUUUUUGGAGCAGUCUUUCCCUCAUGGCCUAAAUUCUGCAUUAUCCAAGGUAAAACUCUCCGGAAACAUACGACCAGCGCAGUUUCUUCUUACGGGUAAUGGUGCACAUCACGGCCAAGCAAAUCAUAUUGCUCCUGCACUAUUGUUUAAAAUGGAGCACAUACACUCUUAUGUAUUAGAUUUGGCGACUACAUUUAAGGAACCCGGGAGAACUGCCGAGGAAGCCUGUAUACAGGUUUUUACAGAAGCAAAAAGGUCAGUUCCUAGUAUAAUCUAUAUACCGACCAUAGAUGGAUGGUGGGAUAUGGUUUCAGAUACAGUUAGAGCCAUAUUUUUGACUCAAGUGCAAGAAAUUGAUUUUAAUAUUCCUAUAUUAUUCCUGGCUACUGCUAAUGUUCUUUAUGAUGACCUUCCUGAUCAGCUGCAAGAAGUCUUCUCACCCCAUCGUAAAGAAAUUCUAGAAAUCCGUCCGCCUAACGCGGAAACGCGACGGCUUUUCUUCAAGGGCCUGUUAAUAGACACUUCAUUAAAGCCCCCCAGGCAACAAAGGGAAAGACCCAAAACUCCUCCGCCCUUACCUCGUGCCCCUACGCCUCCUCCCGCUCCGCUCUCUGAGGAACAAGCGCAAAAAAUCUACGAAACCGAAGAACACACAUUAAGGGAGCUUAGGAUAUUUUUGAGAGACAUGUGUAAAAAGUUGGCUAAUAAUAAAUUAUUUUUUAUGUUUACUAAGCCGGUAGAUACAGAAGAAGUACCUGAUUAUACAGAGAUUAUAAAACAACCGAUGGAUUUAGAAACGAUGAUGAUGAAAGUUGAUUUUCAUAGAUAUGAGUGUGCCAAAGAUUUUUUGUCGGAUAUCGAUCUUAUUUGUCAAAAUGCUUUGGAAUAUAAUCCUGCAAAGUCUUCAGCAGAUAAACAGAUAAGGCACAGGGCGUGUUCUCUAAGAGACUAUGCGUAUACCUUGAUAAAAACCGAAAUGGAUAGUGAUUUUGAAGAUAAGUGCAAAGAUAUUAAGCAGAAAAGAAAGAAAAGAAAAGCAUGCGUUUCGAAAUAUCUACCACCUUAUAUCGUCACACCCGAUAAGCAUAACUUAGGAGUGGCUCAACAAGAUGAUGAACCAAGUACCUCGGAUCGAAUUCAGUCCAAAUUAAACGGCGAGAGAGCGCGAAUAAGUCCUGUGAGAAAGAGAAGAGUUCCCAGUUGGCAGCGCGGGUUCGUAAAAAAACCAAAAAGAACAAAGCUGGAAGGAAACUCUAGCAAUGGAAACAAGAGUAAAGAAUUAAAUUCAAAUGAUGAAUCCAAAGAUCCAGAUAGUAGCACGAUGGAAGUGAGUUCACAACCUGAGUGUGAACCGGAAAAAACUGCCGUUACCACUGCCCUAAAUAUUGACUGUGAUAGCCAGAAGAUCGUGUCUUCUUCGUAUUUAGAACGGUCUCCCAGCCAAGUUGUGACUGACCUAUUAAGCCCUUCGGAACUGUUAGGCAACCAACUCUAUUUUGAUGAUAUUGAUCAAGCUCUUAACGAAAAUGUGAGUGAUAUUUCGAAAACGCCAGCGCAAUGCUCAGAAAGUGAACUGGAAAAAGUGCUGGAUCAAACGGUUAAGCACACUGAAGGAGUGCCUUUAAUGAAACUUCUGGAUUUGUAUAAUGAGUUUAGUACAAUUAUUAGAAAAUUUUCCAAGACUCACAUUAGGACUGGUUUGCCCAAGGAAUUAACAAAAGAACUAAUCAGGUUUAAAAAGUUUCUCGCCAUCGACAGCCAGAAUGGUUCGCAGUCCACGCCAGCCUAGCGCGAAGCUAUCACUGCCGUGUUUUUUUCAUACGUUUUUUAAGAUAUAAAAAGUACUACAGUAUUUAUAUAUUUUUUUUAAAUAGUACUUAAUAUAUUUUUUAAUUAUAUCCUAAGAUGUAUUUGUUAUUUUUUACAUGUCUGUGUUGAAAUGUAAUUUUACCAAAUAUAAAUAGAUGCAUUUAUUUUUUCAUAAGUUCA